AUGGCGCCGGCGCUGGCGACGCAGCGGUGGGCGGCGCGCGCCCCCGCCGCGGGCCGCCUCUUCGCCCAGCUGGCGGAGGCGGCCACAUGGCCUCCUGGCCCGAGGCGCCUCCGUGAGGGCGGCGCCCGCCGCCGCGCGGCCGCCAGGGCCGCGGCCAGCAUCGACGUGCUGGACCUCAGCUUGCCCGGGGCCGCCGACAGGCUCGACGCCUCGUUCAGGGCGACGGGAUUCGCGGUCGUCACAGGCCACGGCGUGGACUACGGUGCCCUGCGCCAGCUCCGGCUCAAGGCGCUGGAGUUCUUCCGAAGCCCGCUCGAGCACAAACAGCUCUUCGACAAGGCUGGCGGCGAGCACAAAGGGGCCAGGGCUCGGGGCAUGCAUUCGCGUCUCCUCGAAGGGGGCAGGGCAGUGAAUUUCUGGAGAGCCCGUGGAGGCCUGCCGCGGCUCGACGCGGGCGCGCCCACCGAUGCGGGCGAGGCCGCGCCGGAGCCGGUGCCGGAGUGCGUGCCAGGCUUCCGGGAGGCCGCCGAGGGGGCCCAGCGCGCUAUGCACGACUUCCGCCUUCGCCUGGACGGCCUGGUGUGCGAGUCGCUCGGCGCCGACCCCGUGGCCUUCCCGAGCAAGCUGGACCCGUUCCGGGCGGGGAUGCGCCUGGCUUACUACCCCGCGCAGGUGACGCCGCCCGCCCCGGGGCAGCUGCGGUACGGGGCGCACGUCGACAGCGGGGGCAUGACCGUGCUCGUCCGGGACGAGGCCGCCCAGUGGGGCACCCAGGUGCAGCUGCACGACGGGGAGUGGGUUGACGUGCCCCUGGUCGAAGAGUCGAUCGUCCUGAACGUCGGUGCCCUGCUCUCCAGGUGGACGAACGGCCGGUGGCGCGCCUCGGUCCACCGUGUCGGCAACGACGCGGCGGAGCGCCUGAGCAUCGUCGGCCAUUCGGUGGUGUUCAAGGCCGACGCCGAGGUGGAGCCCCUGCCGUCCUGCGUCUCCCCAGAGAGCCCCUCGAGGUACGCGCCGAUCAAGGCCGGCGACUUCCUCACGGAGCGGGUGCGGCUGCACCGCGACAACUACGCCGAGGAGCGCGGCUACUCCCGCGCGGCCGCCGAGCAGGCCCUCAGCGAGCAGAUCCGCGACUACCAGAUGUGA